AUGUUCCUAAUGAUUGAUCCACGCUUCACAUGUCCUGGCCUUUGUUUUCACUUCAUAGAUGGCAGUGAUGUUGACAAUGAAGAAGGCAGCGCAGUUGAGAAUGAGGAAAAUCUCAAAGGAACAGAUAAAGGGCGAAGGAGAGCAAAACCAAGACCAAGAAGGGGACAUGCCAGAGGAAAAACCAGGCGUGGUGGUGAGGAGAACGAGGGUGAGGAUGAUGAAGAUGAGGCCAGGAGAGCUGGGCAACGCAGAAAUAGAAACCGUAGACGAGGACGAGCAGCUGGAAAUGAGGGCAGUGAUUCUGAUGUGGACCCUGGAAAAGACAGGAAGAACCAGGCAAAUCAAAAAUCCAAGGAAGAUGGUGAAGAGGAGGAAGAUGAGAAACCUGGUAAAAGUGGGAAAGGCAAAAAUGAAAAGAAACAAGAUAAAAAGUCUGAUAAGAAAGGAAAAAAAGAGAAGGCCAACAAAAAGAAAAAAGACAAAAAGAAAUCAGGAUCUGGCUCCGAUUCUGACUCUGAGGAAGAGCCGAUUACAGAGGAAGAGCUGGCUAAACUGAAAGAAGAGGUAGAAGAAAAAAAGAAACUAAUUGCCACACUACGAAACAAGCCAUGGAAGAUGAAAAAGAAGCUGUCUGUCCUGAAGGAAGCUCAACUUUUUGUGGACAAGUUUGAAGGUGCUCUUGGAAAAGGAAAAGGAAAAAAAUUCUAUGCAUACAAAGUGAUGAUGACCAAGAAAUGGAUGAAAUUUCAAAGAGAUUUUGAGAAUUUUAAGACAGCCUGCAUACCCUGGGAAAUGAAAAUUAAGGAGAUUGAAAGUCACUUCGGCUCAUCAGUGGCAUCUUAUUUCAUAUUCUUGCGUUGGAUGUAUGGAAUAAACAUGAUUCUCUUUGGCCUGACCUUUGGACUUGUAAUGGUGCCUGAGGCUUUGAUGGGAAAGCCAUACGGUUCUUUACCUAGAAAAACUGUCCCAAGAGCUGAAGAAGCAACUGCUAUGAACUUUGCUACUCUCUGGGAUUUUAGU